GUAGUGACUGUCUACGUAUUAUUUUGUCUCCUGUCGAUCUCCUCUUCAUUCAGAAGUUACAUUCUUGGUCCUGGGAGGCGAAGUGAUUUGUAGCUGUGUUUUCAUAUUACCCUCUUGCCUGGGUAAGAUCAAAUAAUUGAUACUAGUAGCGUUGUUAUUCCCAGAGACGGUCAUUAUUUUGUUGGAGAGAAUCAGGCGAAAUCAGUAUAUUUUGUCAAGGAAUUGCUACAUGUACAUGGACCGAUAAUUUUUCAGGAUGUCAACUCUUCUGGGCAUGGCCAACUGCUGCAGACUGUGCGGAGCGUCGAGAGGCUUUUCAUGCAAUGGCAGGGUACUUAGCAGUUUCGCUCAGGCGAGAUUCUGUCUGGUCGUCAAUAGCCAGCGAUAUGCUUCUCACUCUGCUGAUCAGCAUGGACUGACAGGCUACGAAGCACGUUGUGAGAUAAGGGUACACCAUGCCAAAGCGCGCGUCAAGAUCAAAGAUUGGACACGGGCAGACAAGCUUGACAGGAUUGCUGAUUUUGUGUCGAAUAUGUCCAACCGAUCUAUUUCUACGGAGGUGCGCACUAUGAACGACAUCAUGAAAGCGUUUGGCACACGCACAGAAUACGUGCCGAACGCAUUCAAGCUGCUGGACAAGAUGCUAGCUGAUGGGAGGAAACCCAACUCUCGCACACUUGUGCAGCUGUUCAACAUGUGCGCCGUGCAUUUUCCGGAUCACUACAACCACGUACUGCACCUACACCGCAUGCUGCAUCGGCGCCAGAUCAAGGUUGAUCUGCCUGUGGCCAACGCAGCCAUCAAGGCCUUUGCCAAAUAUGGAGAUUCGACCAUGGCACUGAAGAUCUUUUUGGACAUGAGCAAGAAAGACAUGACAGUCGCUGGUGACGAAGAACCAGGCUUUGUCAGGGUGCCAUCGUCCAGUAGUAGAAGUAGGGAUAGUGAGGAAUCGGAUUUGGAUGGUGGACUUCAACCUGGUCAGAAGAUCAGCGAGUCAGGUGGUUCUGGCAUGUUUGAGGUACCUGUGGGCUUGGUCGCCGACUUGUUUACGCCGUACGCCGAGCUGAGACCGGACGUCUCCACCUACGUCUCCUUGCUCAAUGCUGCUGGACGUGAUUCUCGGCAUCGACUCUUCCGGCCGGCUAAGUUCCUGGCUGUGUACCUGCCCAAGUUGGAGCUGCAGUGGACACCGGAGCGGCGUCGACGCUAUUCCCUGCAGAUGGCUGAUGCCGUGUGGGAGCACAUGACUCAGCGCACUGACGUGCAGCUGGGACCUGAACUCUUUGUAGCCUAUCUAGCAGCCUAUAGAGAUGGCGGACGGGUAGACUUCAUGCCCUUACCCAAAGACUUCAACACGGAACGGCACAAGCAGCUGAUGCUUCAGAAAGGGCAACUGAGGCGCUACGACGCAUCGCACGAGCUGAUGAAGAUGACGGGAAGCAAGACUGCGGCUGAUUCCGAUCAGACGUACAAAGUGUCGCUGGACGACCAUCUCGACUUGGUGUACCCGGAUGACGACGACGACGCCAAGGCUGCCUUCUGGACGGACAACUUUGAGGCGCUGAAGGAGCCGCUCACCGGCGACGAGCAGGCCAAGCAGGACAAGAAGAUGGUGGUGCCGCUGGGCGACCCGGCCGAGUUCCUGCGCAUGAUGACGGCGAUGAGCGUGGGCCCCAGUCCCGCCGUGUUCAACGUGCUGUGGCAGUGCCGUGUCGCCGCCAUCACUGGUGGUCCCGUACACUCACGGCAGCCGCGCAAGCCCGAGGUACUUGCAGCAUUGGCCGCGCUCGACCCCACCGAUUUGGUGAGGCAGAUGGAAAAGUACCGCUGUGAACCAGACGAAAAAUUCUUUUCCGUUCUGCUGCGUCACCACGCCAUACUUCGAGACUAUGAAGGUGCUCUGCGGUUUCUGGACACUGCUCAGCGGUUCGGAGUGCAGCUAAGUACGAAGCACUACCGUGAGCUGGCGCAUGCAUGCACGUCGCCAGAGCAAGGCUACGACAUGCUUCUUGACAUGCAGGAACAUGGACUGAAGCCCGAUGCUGGCACUUACGAGUGUCUUGUGGUGGCUGCUCUCAAUCGUGCACACUACGCCUGGACACUUCAGAUCUUGAACCUCAUUCUGAAGGCUGUGCUGCAGCCUACUCCCCUCACUGUUGACAUGGUGAAGAAAGCCCUCACUAAAUACAGCCUUCCGAACCCAAACAUCCAAGAUCAAGCACAGCGUCUACACUACAUCAAACUAUAUCACUUCUUCUCGGGCAAAUUCCUGCCCUUUGUACAACCAGCGGAGGUCAGCCACGACGUCGAACCUGACGAAGAUGCCUCUGCUUUCCUCGGCCUGGAUGACAUGCCUGACGAAGAGGAGGAAAACGACAGCAGACCACGGUCAGAAGAAGACUUUGACGAGGACGAUGUGCCUCGGCGAUUUCGCCAGCGGAACCCUCUGGAUUCGUUAUGAGACAUCCUCUGCUUCAUUAACUUGUCCAUUCCUUUAUGUUGUGGGGCCGUUACACACUGCUACAUUAUGUACUGAUAAUGCUGAGCUGAUCUCUGUCCUUCUGCUGUGCAGAUGGAUCAUGCCGUGGCAUGGGCUGAACCCACUCCAGUCGUGGGUAUGGCCGGGCUGCACGUGUUCAUGGCUACGUGUGUCCUCAGCUGGCUCUGGGGACACAGCUGCUCCUGCGGUCAUGUAGCAUUGCUGCUGUCAGUAAACUGCUGUUAUGUUCCUAGACUGCGGCGUGCAGUCCUGUGCAUGCAUGGGAUCCCCGUGCUGACAUGAUCUAUAUGAGCCUUUGUUGCUGCAGCCCUUUUCCCGCCGAUAACAUUAUGAGUUCUUCAUUCUCUGUACUACUCUGCAAACCGCUUGAUUACGUUUUCUAAAUUCAGGUUUGGGAUUUGCCUCCUGCUCUAAUAACUUUUCUCGCACACGCUUUGAAAGCUAAACUUGAAGAUUGCUGUUGCCAAUUCCUACAGGUGGAGUCGUAAGAUCAGCUCAGUUCCGUGUGCCUUAAACCAUUUCAUGUACACGUGACCUACUAGUACAUGCACUGCAUUGUCACUGUCCAUGAAUGGCAUGAUUGUGUGUAGCCUGCGAACUACUAGUAUGUCAAAAAAAGUAUUCUUUCUAGACCAACUUGUCCACCAACUCUUCUACUAGUAUGUGCUGCAAGCAAUUAUGGAUUGUGGAUACCCCGAACUCGAUGAAACGAAUUAUUACUUGUUGUCGUUUGAGGCAUUUCAUCCUUUCCUAUAAUCAAAGGUUAUUUGCUCAUUCCUUGUCUGAGUUCGAUGCUUCAGAAUCGUAGUAACAGUUGA